CCACUGCAAAAUACUAGUAACAAUGUCUCAGACAACAUAUAUGGCCCCUGUAGGCACUCUCGGCUUCUCGCUGCCGUUGAUCAUCCUCUUGGCUUCUCUUUCGGCGCUACUAGCUACUACACCUAACGACGACAUGGAAGCGCUGCUCUGCCUCAAGCACCACCUCUCAGCCUCAUCAGACCCUACGGGGACACUACCUUCAUGGAAGAAUGAUUCCACGCAGUUCUGCAGUUGGUCCGGCGUGACAUGCAGCAAGAGACACUCGUCCCGUGUUGUUGCACUGGACCUUGAGUCACUCGACCUCCAUGGCCAAAUACCUCCUUGCAUCGGCAACCUCACGUUCCUCACAAGGAUCCACAUGCCAAACAACCAGCUGCAGGGUCAGAUCCCGGCUGAGCUUGGCCAGUUAAACCGGCUGCGGUACAUUAACCUCAGCUCCAACAAUUUUAUCAGCGGCGAGAUCCCGGAGACUGUCUCAUCGUGCCUUGCCUUGCAGGCCAUCGAUCUUUCGAGGAAUUCCCUCAGCGGAAGCAUCCCCGAAGGUCUGGGGAGCCUCCUCGGCAACCUCUCGGAUUUACGCCUUUCAGGUAACCAUCUGACGGGCAGCAUUCCAGCUUCACUUGGAAGCAGCUCCUCCCUUGUCUCCGUUGUUCUCAACAACAACAGCCUCACUGGACCCAUCCCGUCGCUACUAGCUAACAGUUCGUCGCUCCAACGACUGGGGCUAAGAAACAACCGUCUCAGCGGACUCAUUCCCCAGUCGCUGUUUAACAGCACGUCGCUUGAGAUGCUAGUGCUUGCAGGGAACAGCUUUGCUGGGCCCAUACCUGCUGUCUCAAACACCGUCGUUGACUCGCCGCCGCCGCCCUUGCAGUAUCUGAUACUGGACUCGAACGAUCUAACAGGGCCCUUGCCUUCCACUCUAGGGAACCUCACUUCUCUCCUCUGGCUCACGCUUGGGGGUAACGGUUUUCAUGGUAGCAUCCCGACGAGCCUGGGUGCACUCGUGAACCUGCAAGUGCUGGACAUGACUAACAAUGCUUUGUCGGGGACUGUUCCGGCCUCCAUCUACAACAUGUCAGCGCUCACACACCUCGGCAUGGGCAUGAACAAUCUCACCGGGGAAAUCCCAGCUAACGUUGGGUAUAGCCUUCCGAGAAUCGUGAACCUGAUCAUGGCUCGAAACAAGUUCACUGGCCAAAUCCCUGUUUCGCUGACCAAGGCCACCAAUCUCCAGAUCAUUAAUCUCUGGGACAACGCACUUACUGGUACUGUCCCUUUGUUCGGAGCCUUGCCCAACUUAGUCGAGCUGGAUCUAACGAAGAACCAGCUCGAAGCUGGCCGGGACUGGUCGUUCUUGACAUCCUUGACAAAUUGCACGCAGCUGGUGACUCUGUACCUGGACAGAAACACUCUCGGAGGAGUCUUGCCGAAAUCCAUAGGGGACCUGCCCAGUGGACUGGAGGUGUUGUUUUUAAGUGCGAAUGGAAUAUCUGGCACCAUCCCCAAUGAGAUAGGACGCCUAAAAAACCUCAAGCUUCUUUAUCUGGACAGGAACCUCCUUGCUGGAAGUAUUCCCUACUCCCUAGGGCAUCUUCCGAACAUGUUCGCGUUAAACUUAGCGCAGAACAAACUCUCAGGGCAGAUUCCAGCCUCUCUCGGUAACCUAAGCCAGCUUAGCGAGCUCUACUUGCAAGAAAACCACUUGAGUGGCCCGAUACCAGGUGCUUUAGGACGCUGCAAGAACUUAGACAAGCUGAACCUCUCUUGUAACAGCUUUGGCGGUGGCAUACCGGAGGAGCUGUUUACUCUUUCUUCCCUCUCUAACGAACUGGACUUGUCGCACAACCAACUCUCAGGAGAGAUACCACUAGAGAUCGGCAGCUUCGUCAACCUUGGCCUACUAAAUAUUUCUAACAACAUGCUGGCCGGACGAAUACCGUCCACUCUAGGUCAGUGUGUGCAUCUCGAGUCCCUCCACAUGGAGGGGAACCUACUUGAUGGUAGGAUCCCACAAUCGCUCCAAGGAUUACGAGGCCUCGUUGAGAUGGACAUGUCUCGGAACAACUUGUCUGGUGAAAUCCCGGAGUUCUUUGAAACAUUUAGCUCCAUGAAGCUUCUCAACCUGUCCUUCAACGACCUCGAGGGACCAGUUCCAACAGGUGGGAUAUUUCAGGAUGCACGGGAUGUGUUUGUUCAAGGGAACAAGGACCUAUGUUCCAGUACCCACUUGCUACAGCUACCACUUUGCACUACAGAUACUACAUCUAAACGGCAUAGGCACACCUCCUCCUAUGUUCUGAAGUUAGUAGGAUUUACAGCUCUUUCUUUAGUCUUGCUAUUAUGCUUUGCGGUCGUCCUUUUAAAGAAGAGAAAGAAGGUUCAGCAAGUAGACCAUCCAUCCAGCAUGGAUUUGAAGAAGUUUACGUACGCUGGGCUAGUCAAAGCAACUAACAGUUUUUCCUCAGACAACUUGGUGGGCUCAGGAAAAUGUGGAUUGGUGUAUAAGGGAAGAUUUUGGGAUGAGGAACAUGUAGUUGCCAUCAAAGUAUUCAAACUUGAUCAACUCGGAGCACCAAACAGCUUCCUCGCUGAAUGUGAGGCCCUGAGGAAUACUAGACACCGCAAUCUCGUGAAGGUGAUCACUGCAUGCUCGACGAUUGAUUCAGAGGGACAUGAUUUCAAGGCCGUCAUUCUUGAGUACAUGUCUAACGGCAGCCUGGAGAACUGGCUCUAUCCGAAAUUGAACAGGUAUGGAAUUCGAAAACCGUUAAGUUUGGGCUCCAGAAUAGAAAUCGCAGCGGACAUAGCCUGUGCUCUGGAUUACCUCCAUAACCAUUGCGUUCCCGCUAUAGUCCAUUGUGACUUGAAACCCAGCAACGUACUUCUUGAUGAUGCCAUGGUUGCACACCUUGGUGACUUUGGAUUGGCUAAGCUUCUUCACACUUGUAGCUAUUCAAUUACUCAUAGUUCUUCUACAAGCUUGAUUGGACCAAGAGGAUCAAUCGGAUACAUUGCACCAGAGUAUGGCUUCGGGAGCAAACUCUCUACACAGGGCGAUGUCUAUAGCUAUGGAAUCACCGUCUUAGAAAUGCUCACAGGGAAGCGCCCCACAGAUGAGAUGUUUUCUAAGGGUUUGACCCUUCACAAAUUUGUGAAGGAAGCAUUUCCUCAAAAGAUUCAUGAAAUUCUCGAUCCUUCUAUAUUCCCGGUUACAAGAGAUGGUGAUAAUCACACAACGGAUGAAAUAACCAGAAGCAUCAUGAACCUUCUUAAGAUCGGUAUCUCGUGCUCUGCAGAUGCACCAACAGACCGACCAACAAUAGAUGAUGUUUAUGCUAAAGUCAUCACAAUCAAAGAAACAUUUUUAGAUCUAUGCCACUAAGGAAUGGAACAAUCAUUUUUACUAUUU